CCGCGCGGUGACGUAAGGGCUGAGCGGGCGUCCUGAUUGGCCGAGCGGCUUCCGGGGUUUUUCUCCCAUCUGCGGGAACUCCAGAGGCGUGUGAAGGCCUAUUUCCGGUUGGAGCCUGAAGGGAAGCGGCACGCGGUGGCCUUCCAUUGAGGAGCAUGACCUGUCCGGCAAAGGAGUGACCCUUUGAAGGAAACGCUGGACGGCCUUGCCAUCGGGUCCUGGCUUUGAAGCAGCCGCGCUCAUGGCAGACCCCUUGGGGCCCUUGGCCUGGGGCCCCUUGCCGCCACUCCAUUCUGCAGGGCCGGAGGUGGUCAAGCUGGGCUCUCUGGCCACCCUGCUGGCCGCAACCCUCCUCGGCGGGCUCAUGCCCCUGCGCCUCUUCCCUCCAGGCCCCUCCGCGCUCCGGAGGGAGUCCCUCGGCCUGCUCAGCUGCUUUACCAGCGGGGUCUUCCUGGCCGCCUGCCUCCUGGACCUCCUCCCCAAUUACCUGGGCGCCAUCAAUGGGGCCCUGGAAGAGCUCCGGGUCACGCUGCUCUUCCCUUUGCCGGAGUUCCUCCUGUCUGUGGGCUUCUUCCUGGUCCUGAUCCUGGAGCAGAUCCUCUUGGCCUGCAAGGACCCUCACGAGGAGGAGGAGGAAGAGGGAGGCAAGGAGACCCCCUGGAGCCCCUCUGCACCUAUCCACGAAGACCCUCCCUCUGGCCUGCGCUUGGGCGCCCUGCUGCUCUCCUUGUGCCUUUCCUCGGGGUUGCAAGGGGUCUCCGUCCGGGUUCUAGAGCCGUGUGUGUUCCUAUUGCUGCACCAGGGGCUGCUGGCCUUUGCUUUGGGGCUGCGGCUGGUGCAAGGGGGGCUGCGGGGCCGGGCGGUGGUUGCCGGGGUGGCCCUCUUUGCCACCUCCGCCCCCUUGGGACUGGUGCUAGGGAGGGUGGGCCCUUCUUCCUCCCCGUUGUCCCGCCUCUCGUGCUCCGUGCUGCAAGGCCUGGCCGCUGGAGCCUUCCUCCACCUCUCCUGCACGGAGGAGGCCCUGCCCCACGGAACCCGACCCGGAACCCGGCGGCGGCAGCGCAUCCUCCGGGCCACGGCCGUCCUGGCCGGAUUCGCCCUCCUCACCUGCCUCCUCUUCCUCAGGCUCUAAAGGGGGGAAGAAUCCAAGUCAAAUCAUUGCAAAUGAACUUCUCCCAUUGUCGGUGGGGGAUACAGUUUCUCUGGAUGCAAGUGAACUACAACUCCCAUAAAUCAAGGUCAAUUUUC